AUGUCGCCGGUGCCGGCAAGCCCUGCCGAUAGCACCGGAUCAGCUGUACCACGGACACGGCGCUUUCAUAAUAAGAGCCGCGCCGGCUGCAGGGGAUGCAAAGAGAGGCGCAUUAAGUGCGACGAGGGACGGCCAAUAUGUUCGAACUGUAUCCGUCGAAGCGCCGCUUGCGAGUACGAGAAGCAGGCAGAGGAGGCCAGUGAUACUCCGACCCCGACCCCGCCGCCCGCCGAAAACCCCGCUGCAAAGUCUGCAUUAAGACCAAGAAAAACGCGAAGGCGAAAUGAAGCCGAUGCUCCCUCAAAGUUUACAUUUGUUGAUGUGAACAAGUCAAUCGCUAAGAAAAGAAAACGCGAUAGAUCUGACGAUGGUACCGUCGAAACAACGGAUGCGAGUCAGAGCAAUAGUCCAGCGACGACUGAAGAUGCCGAGAUCGUUGUUGGUUCGCUACCCGUUCUUUCCAGCGCUGUGGAAACGGCAUUAGAACAAGGGCAGAGACUUGCAGGAAUUAUCGUUGUAUCAAAGCAGUCAACUCUGCUGCGGGGGGAGAACGAGUAUAUCCCAAGGUCUACCACAGCACCGGUUGCUUCCGGUGAUUAUUCAGACUUUAACAAGGUUGAAAUCAACGGGUUUACAUCCCAUCCUCCCGGUUUCGGAUACAGUUCUCCGCGAGUAGCGUCUUCAUAUUCACCGGUGAGCUCAAUUUCACUAUGGCAAUCCUCGCCUUCGACAGGCUUGCGACAGGGUGGUGUUGGCGUAAAAAUAAGUCUGCAAGAUUUCAACCUCAUCAACACCUAUAGAAACUUUACAUGCCAAACUUUCCCUUAUGUCACCCCAAGUCGUAAUCCGUGGAAGGCGCUGACUUUCGAUCUACAGUUUAAAAAUCCAUAUCUUUACCAUACAACUAUCGCGAUAACCGCAGCUCAUGUUAGGUACCUACAAGGCGUCGCCAUUCCUUCCCUAUUGGAGGUUUCGCACUAUGUCAAAGGUCUAUCUUCUUACCGUGAAUGUCUGGCAUCGUACACUGUACCUUCUCUCACGAUCUCAAAAACGGGCGAGAUUCCCGUUGAAUCCCAAGGACUAUUCGCCACAUCCGCAUUGCUCGGCGCUUAUAUGUGGGCAGCAGAAUUAACCGACAUCCAUAAUUGGCUCAUCGCAAAGUUUUCAAUGACUGUAGGGACACGAGAGAUCAUUGAUGGUGUCUGGGAAGCAAAUCUAUUCACGGAGUUUCGGGAAGCUGUAGGAGAGUCAUUACAAAAAGUAACGACAAAACUCCAUGAAGCGCUGAAAUUGGGAUCGGAUGGUGGUGUUAUGCUACCAGCGCUCGAAGCUUUAGCGACUGGCCAGGCAGCAUCCAGAUUACUACUCCCUGCAGCAACUGGGGAAAUCGAGGAUACUGAUGCGCCCGCCGAAGAGGAUGGUGAGAUAGUCGGUGCUUUGGGACCAGAAAUCUACGACAUUACGUAUGCCUGGGUGGAUCGAGAAGAAUGUCCGUUUUAUAAAACUUCAAAUGGCUCCAUGGUGUCAGAUAUUGGCAGUCUACAUCGCUUGGUUUGCAUAAUAACCGCAUUGGAGGCUCCGGAAAAGCUAUCAGAUGAGGCUAUGAUAGCGUUGGUGAGAAUGAUAUCUAUGUGGCCAGGUUUAUGUUGCCAUGUUGUACUUGAAAAAUUGAAGGAAAAGGAUAAACGGGUAUAUCUACUUCUAGCGUAUUAUUACGCUGCCGUGGUCAAAAUGAAACAAGUGAACAUACCGACAAUGCAUGAUGUAUUGGAUGAGAAAAGUUGGUCACCACCUGCGGAUGAGGUACUAAGAUCUUGGUGGCUGAUAAAGAACCCGCGAAUUAUACUAAGGAGUAUUAUAGAUUGGCUAGGGGAGGAUUGGGUCCACUGGUUGGAAUGGCCGCUCAAGGUUUUGAGAGAAGAAGAGGAAUCAGAACGAGUUAGGAUCGAGACGCUGUGGGAACCCACAGCCACAAGGGAGGAUAUGAGUUUUGCUUAG